GGAGAAAAUGUGUUUUUCCUGGUGACCAAUUUCAUCGCCACAGCGCAGCAAGCCCAGGGCAGCUGUCCCGAGAGCCCCGCUGUUCUCAAUGCGAUGUGCACAGAAGAUGCAGACUGUCCCAUGGGAAGCCCAGUGGUUCGUGGCAAUGGGAUAAAAACUGGGAAAUGUGUGAUGUUCAACACCACCCAUUCCACCUGUGAGAUCUAUGGCUGGUGUCCUGUGGAGAAUGCCACCCUGCCCAGGAAACCUCUACUGGCUGAGGCGGAGAAUUUCACCCUUUUUAUAAAAAAUACUGUCCACUUCACCAAAUUUAAUUUCUCCAAGUGCAAUGCUUUGCAAACCAGUGACCCCACCUAUUUCAAGAGCUGUACGUACGAUCCAUUCUUCAGCCCUUUCUGCCCCGUCUUCCACAUACGCGACAUGGUGGAGGCAGCGGGAGAGACCUUUGGAGACCUCGCAUUGCUGGGGGGGAGCAUCGGAGUUCGCAUCAAGUGGGACUGUGACCUGGAUCACCCUGCUGCCCAGUGCCAGCCGCAGUACUCCUUCAGCCUGCAGGACAGGAGGUACAAUUUCAGAACUGCCUCCUACUACUGGGACUCCCAGCGGCGGCUCUAUCGCAACCUGCUGAAACUCUACGGCAUCCGCUUCGACAUCUCCGUGCACGGCCAGGCCACGGUGGUCUGUGACCUGGUUCUGCUCUACCUGGAUGCAAAGGCUGACUUCUACUGGAAGGAGAAGUUCGAGGAG